AUGGCCGCCAACUACUGGGACUCAACCCAGAGGAAGCACUGGCAAUUUACCAAGGAGCAGCUGUCCUCGAUGCGCCAGAGACUGGAGGAUGAAGACCCGGGUCUGGUUCAGAGCUUCGGUUUGCCGCAGUGGAGGCACCUGAACAUCUUCUUCAACCAACAGAUAAAUCGGCUCGGCAAGCGUCUCGGAGUCAGGCAACAGGCUAUGGCUACCGCCCAAGUCUAUGUCAAGCGCUUCUACAUCAAGGUCGAAAUUAGAAAAACGAAUCCAUUCCUGGUCAUAACCACCGCCCUAUAUCUGGCUUGCAAGAUGGAGGAGUGCCCUCAACACAUCAGGUUGAUGAAUCAGGAGGCCAGGAGCCUAUGGACAGACAUGCAACUGUUCCACGACCCAUCCAAGAUAGGCGAAUGCGAAUUCUGGCUGAUAUCCGAGAUGAGCUCGCACCUCAUAAUACACCAACCAUACCGCACCCUUACCAGCCUACAGUCUAGUCUCAACCUGACCCAGGACGAGAUAGCACUCGCCUGGUCAAUUGUUAACGACCAUUACAUGACCGACCUGCCGCUCCUCUAUCCGCCACACACCGUCGCGCUCACCGCAAUACUCCUCGCCAUCCUAUUCCGGCCCUCGCAGAACAGCAGCCAGAGUGGCUCGUCUCAAGGGUCCGGCAGUGCAAUGACCCAGCCAAACAUGGCUGGGAUCAAUGCAGUCACCGCGGCUCUUGCACAAGCUCAAGCACGACAGACACCGACGCCGGGCGCGCCCCCGGGACAGACUCCAGCAGAUGCCGCGAAUGCUGCACAGUCGGCGGCGCUCACCAAGGAAAAAGGCGAACGCUACUCAAAGGUGCAACGGUUUGGCCUGUGGCUCGCCGAGAGUAACAUGGACAUCGAGGGCAUGGUCGACUGCACUCAGGAACUUAUUUCGUUUUAUGACUGCCAAGAGCAAUACAAUGACAAACUCACGCGCGAGCAGAUCGUGCGAUUUAUCAAGGCGAGGGGGCUGGACAAGGGCUGA